GCGGGGAGUGGCCGCUCUAGGCAGCGGGGAGGUCGCGGGGUGGGGGAGCUGGGAAACAACUGCGACCUUUCCUCUAUGGUCGGAGCCCCGGGCACCUUCCCUGGCGUCUUAGGUUACUUCCGGAAGUGAAGCUGCCACCUCCUCUACUUCCGCGGGGUCCAGCCUGGGGCAGCGGACGGGUGGGCCCCGGCUUGAGCGCAGUGAUUUAACGAUGCUUUACAGCAGUUUUCUAAGUCUGAAAUUUUCUAUGCCUGUGAAUCCCACAAUUUGCUAAGAGAUGGAGGAAUCUCAGCAACAUGACCUGAACACGAUGACCCUUGAGAAAGACGAUCCCCUCGAGAGCACCAGCCCUCAGAUUUCUGUUAGUGAAUUUUCUUGCCACUGCUGUUACGACAUCCUGAUUAACCCCACCACCUUGAACUGUGGGCACAGCUUCUGCCGGCACUGCCUAGCUUUAUGGUGGACCUCUUCAAAGAAAACAGAGUGUCCAGAAUGCAGAGAAAAAUGGGAAGGUUUCCCCAAAGUCAAUAUUCUCCUCAGGGAUGCCAUUGAAAAGUUAUUUCCUGAUGCCGUUAGGAUGCGAUUGGAAGACGUUCAGCAGAAUAAUGACAUAGUCCAGAGCCUUGCAGCCUUUCAGAAAUAUGGGAAUGAUCAGAUUUCUUUAGCUCCCAACGCAGGCCGAGUGAAUCAGCAGAGAGGAGGGGGAUUCUUUUCAGGAGUGCUCUCAGCUUUAACUGGUGUGGCAGUGGUCCUGCUCGUGUAUCACUGGAGCAGCAGGGAGUCUGAGCAUGACCUCCUGGUCCACAAGGCUGUGGCCAAAUGGACAGCGGAAGAAGUUGUCCUCUGGCUGGAGCAGCUGGGCCCUUGGGCCUCUCUCUACAGAGACAGGUUUUUAGCCGAAAGAGUAAAUGGAAGAUUGCUUUUAACUUUAACAGAGGAAGAAUUUUCAAGGGCACCGUAUACCAUAGAAAACAGCAGCCACAGAAGAGCCAUCCUCAUGGAAUUGGAGCGUGUCAAAGCACUAGGCGUGAAGCCCCCCCAAAAUCUCUGGGAAUAUAAGGCUGUGAACCCAGGCAGGUCCCUGUUCCUGCUGUAUGCCCUCAGGAGUUCCCCCAGACUUGGUCUGCUGUACCUCUACCUGUUUGACUACACAGACACCUUCCUACCCUUCAUCCACACCAUCUGUCCUCUGCAAGAAGACAGCUCUGAGGAGGACAUCUUCACCAAACUUCUGGAUCUUAGAGAGCCCACAUGGAAGCAGUGGAGAGAAUUCCUUGUCAAAUACUCCUUCCUUCCGUACCAGCUGAUUGCUGAAUUUGCUUGGGACUGGCUGGAAGUCCAUUAUUGGACGUCUCGGUUUCUCAUCGUCAAUGCCAUGUUACUGUCGGUUCUGGAAUUAUUCUCCUUUUGGAGGAUCUGGUCAAGAAGUGAACUGAAGACUGUGCCUCAGAGGAUGUGGAGCCAUUUUUGGAAAGUAUCAACACAGGGGCUUUUUGUGGCCAUGUUCUGGCCCCUCAUUCCUCAGUUUGUUUGCAACUGUUUAUUUUACUGGGCCCUGUACUUUAACCCAAUUAUUAACAUUGAUCUUGUGGUCAAGGAAGUCCGACGGCUGGAAACCCAAGUUUUUUGAGUGGCACUGCCCACGCUCUGAGGGACUCCUCCAGCCUCCCUGACGUCUGAGCUUUGAUGCUUGAGUGAAGAGGGGUUGGGAGUGCACAACUUCCUAUUUUCUUUCCCUAGUAAACAAGGUGCUGCUUUCUCUGUCAAAGCCUACAACCAGGUCCUCUCUCCCUCUGCCUUGGUCAUUGUGGCAGCAGGGACUGACAUCCCAGAGCCAGGCCGGCACAGCAGCACCUCCCACCUACCCUCCUUGCUCACAGGAACUUGGGAGGCCCCGUCCACUACAGCUUGCAAGGAACCAGGGUCCUCAGAGGAUGUGGUGUGGGCGACAUCAGAAGGCUGCCACAUCAGCAGUCCUAACCUCAGUGACUGACAAAAGCUCCCAGGGCAAGUUGGAGUUCUGAGACUCAGCCCAAGAUCCGGCUUAUUGGGGCCAGGCCUGUCCUCUAAGUCAAGUUUAGGAAAAUGGGAGAAGACUUUGUCAUAGGCAUAGACAGUUGCACUCAAAAAAAUACAGAGGAAAAACCAAAAUUCAGUAGACAAUUGUUUUAUUGAAGAGUUGCUAAGAAGUUGAAGAGUUAAAUAUCUAAAAGAUGCAGUUUGAGACUAGAAUGAUGGUUACACUCACCCUGUUUCUACUAAUCAUUGAAAGUUUGGAUCCCUUUCUCUGAAUGGGGGGAUUGAGUGGGAUGUCAGGGUAACAGAGGUGGGUAUCAGGCUGUGCUGCCUCAGUGCCACUUAGAAUUGCCUUGGCACUGGCCAGGUGGCUCGGUUGGAACGUCAUCCUGUUCAUCAGAAGGUUGCAGAUUCAAGUCCCAGUCUGGGCCUGUACAGGAGGCAACCAAUCAAUGUUUUGCUCACAUUGAUGUUUCUCUCCCUUCUCUAAAAUCAGUUUAAAAAAAAUUUUUUUAAAAGCAUAUCCUUGGGUGAGGAUUUAAAAAAUGGUUUUGUUUUGGGGUUUGCUUUGUUUUGGAUAAUUUAACCCAAAAUCCAGGAGAGUCCUUUUGUUUAAUGAAGCAUUUUACACAUUGACCUCACACUGUAUAAUCUCUAUCAUCUUGUUUUGAUGUAUAAAACAGCAAGUGUAAUUACACCAAGUGCUGUAAUUGUAAAUAUGAAUGAGAUAAACUAUGCCUCUUAUUUCAUUCUAAUAUGAUCCAUGAUGGGCCUCGCAGAGAUAAAUUUGCAUCCAAAGGGUUUCUUUGUGACUCCAUGAAACAUUCAUUAAUACUUUGUAUCUUUGAAGAUUUCACUCAAACUUUGCAUCUGAAAGUUUAAAAAAUGAGUUGAAAUAAAAAUAAAAUAUUUUUUAUAAAGACAAAA